AUGUUUUCCGUACUUCUGUUUCAGUCGUUUGCUGCCCCUGAGAGGGAACAGGAAAGACUGGGUCUCGGGCAGACAGUCGCUCUGGAACUGCGUGGGGUGAGAACAGUCAUGGAAAGCAGCUUGUGUGAGGAAGGAUGGUUGGUUGGCACUUGCAUUUUUGGAGGAGGACAGCGAACCACCUCCAAGGGGCCCCAGAUGGGGAAAGUGAGACCGGAAUGGGGUCAUUCAGCCAAUCAGAACAUCCGAGUCGCUCAAAAGGUACAGUACUAUUUUGAUUCGACGGCACCUGCACGGACUGUCAUCUGCUUUGCAGCGUUCUUUAACGAGUCUACGUCUCCUUGA